UCCCAAUAAAUCUCUUGAAAGUUGUUUGGGUGAUGACCUUCCUUCUCUGGUGCAGAGAUGGAGCAGGGCUGUGACACUUUCCCCAGGGAAGCCUUCCCCUGGGGAAGCAGAGUUGUUGCACUCUGGGGGACUGAAACCAAACUGUAACCUCUUUGUUGGGGAAGCCCUUCCCUGCCUGCCAGAGCAGAGCUGUUACCCUGGAGCCCUCCUGCCCUCCUCUGCCGGAACCGAGCUGUUUCAAUGGGGAAGCCUUUCCCUGGAGCAGGCCUGUAAGCUGCUAAGCUUCCUGUGACCGGUGGUAAUCUGUGGCUCCCGUGUGCCGGAAUGCUUUCCCAUCCAGGCUGUAACGCUUAGUUUUGUGUGGCUCCCGGUUGCCUGAAUACUUUCCCAUCCGAGUCGUAUGGCUUAGUAUUCUGGGGCUCCCGGGUGCCGGAAUACUCUGCCACCGGGGCUGCAACGCUUAUCGAAAGGAAUGGAGGAGCACUGGCUCAAGCAGCUCUGUCGGCGGGGUGAGACACGAGGAACUUGUGGAGUGUGUGCGAGGCAUCGUGAAUCCAGGAUGCUAAGUGAACCGGACAGACACAGGUACCCGCAAGAGGCCGCAGUUUGCCGAAUGAGUCUGCCUACAGGAGCUGUUGAACUCAGAGGAGGCCCCUUCUAGAAGCGAAGGUGUGAAGGUGACCGCAGUGCUCCUAGCGCGGGCUCGUCGGGAGCCACCACAUCACACGUCAUAAGUGAGAGCCCGAGCCGGAGCGCGGGAGACCGGGCUUCGAACCUGAAGGGUAUCCUAGGACAAGUGACCAGGCACAGAGGCGACCGUUGGGAUCACUUUGGGGGCCCAGAGCCCGGCAAGCCAGCAGCCAGCAGCCAGGUGGAGCCCAGGCAGCCUGUGAGGUCGCAACCUGAGGCCAGCAUGCCCAGGACCAGGCAGAGCAGCCGUCGAGGGUCGUCGUCGUCUGGCCGCUCCCGCACCGCCAGAGCUGGCCUGACCUUCUCUGUGAGCCUGGUGGAACACCAUCUUCGUGAGAGCGGCCAUGCCCCGCGGCUGAGACAAACGGUGCCGGUCCUGCUGACUGCCAUCCUGGAGUUCCUGACUCGCAGGCUGCUGGAGCUGGCCAGCAACGAGGCCCAACGCCGAGGCGCCCAGAGGCUCAUCACCCCGCAGCUGCUGGACGCUACUGUCUACAACAACACCUUUCUCAGCGAACUGCUGCAGUUCACCACCAUCUCCCGGGCGGUCCCAGCUGGUCCUCGUCAUCCUCGUUGUCGGCCACGCUAGCUACGACCUGCUGCUGCCCAGGCUGCCCAUGCUGCCUCUGCUGCUGCUGCUGCCUGGCUCUGGGUUGCUGACUGGCCCAUCCACCCCAUGUAUCUACCCAUCCAGCAUCAGACCAUCCCGCCCAACCCUUCCCACAGGCAGCCCUGCGUGUCUGGUCAGCCUCGACCCUUCCUUCUCACAGUUGUGUUCUUAUUAAAGCUCUAGUUCCA